AUGCGAAAAGCGGUGAAGAGUGUCGCUUGCUCACCUCCCGCCCAAUUCGAGCUCCCUCUUUCUCCGCUUCUCGAACCUGGUCCGGGAGCUGUUGGCGCCGUUGGCUCGCCAUCGUCUACAGACAACAUCCUCCCGCGGUUGGUCCAUCGCCGCGUGCACUUCAACUUCGUUGCCGUGGCUGCAGAAAGUUGGUUUGGUCUCGUCGUGACAACUUGA